GAACCAUCCACCUUACCUGUAAACAGGGCUAUGAGCUCUCACAUGUUCUGCUGCAACACCUCCUUAAGGCGCUAACGAUGAUCUAUCCAUUGGACUUUAGGAGCAUACCUGAAGAUUUCUCACAACCGUUCAAGGAUUAUUUGCCAAUCAGGGACUGGGGCAAAUCUGCAGACAUCCAUGACUUGAAGAUGGUCUGGCACACACCUAGUGACAGUGAACUAGAGUUUGUACAGGAACUUAUAGACGCUAUUCUUGUCCCCGAACUACAGGUGAUGGACAGUUUCGUUGCAGGUGAACCUUUAUCAAGGGAUGAUCUAAAAGCAAGGCUGGGAGUAAUACUCAACAUUGUAAUAGGAGCUGGCAAUGAACUGCCGAUGAUAGAAGGAGAAGCUGUACACCUCAUUGACAGCAUGGUGCCUUUAGGCAGGUGUAGUCAUAUAUGUAAUAUUGGAACAUCACAAUUAACAGCUCAGGGGAAACAUGUACGGCGUAGGAUAGCAGAAACCAUGCAGCCGCUACUAAGUCAUGUAUUAACAAACACAGAGGAUGACACCAAAUCUCUGAUCCAUAUAUUGAAGCUCUACAAUGUUGUCAUGUACUUCUAUGGUACUGACAAAUCCGACUUUGAUGGCAGGUGGAGAAGCUUCCAAAUGGUCAAGACCACAACAGAGGAUAAGUUACGAGGAGGAAAGCGUCACAUGAGAGCUCUGAUUGUCGACAGGUGCCAAUUGCAGCAUGAACUGCGAGUCGUACAAAAAAGUAACAAGUCUUUCACGCCACUUCAUCUAAGUCUGUUUGAAGACCUUCUCAGGUUAUCUCUGAGCCACUACAGUGAGGUUCGUAAACAGGCCCAGUCAGUG